AUACUACUCCAUCAGACUAUUCGUCCAUCCCAACUCAAUCGCUGCCGGUUCCCCCAGACAGGGUCCUGGACGUCGACUCACCACAUCCACCUAUCUCACCCACUCAUUGCUUUCUUGUUCCUGGCCCACCCGUUUCCCAUGCCCAUUCGCCUGAGACUUGGCCUGUUGGUCGCACUGCCUAUCUUACCCUCUAUCACUCUCGUUGAUCUUUCGAGAUCUUUACUUUAUUUCCAGGGUCCCCGUCACCACCUUCGUUUGUUCAUCUUGUCCAGGUUUCCCUCAUCGCUACCAUAUUCUUCUUAUACCGCCUAACGGUUUCCUUUUUGUAACUCAAUCUUUUGGAACAUCUUCGACUUGUGCUUUUCAUAUUAUAAGCCUUCUCGAUCUUCUUCUGUACCUUCCUUUGGCAUCCUGCUAUUGCUCUUGCUCUGUUAUCUUGCACUCAACGGAAUCCAAUCCUCGAUAAUCAUCUACCACACUGCACUGAACCAUUAGGUCAAUACCAAUCCUUCCUCCGCUUGACGAGCCUAUGUAUAAUCAGUUAUUCGAACAUUAUUAUUAUUAGACAGAUCUCUCUGCAGCUGUUGUCCGUCCCUCUUUACCUGCGAAGCCUUGUAUUACUUGAUUUAGCAUCGACAUCUUGACCAACGCGGUCUGCCAACACAGUACCUUUGCAAGUGUACUAUAAUCUGCCAGACAACCCAAACUAUAAUCCAAAUCGGUAUGUUGUGCUUGGAUACGAUGGAUCCGAGGAAUGCAACUGACGUCUUGCAGACCAGCCCAUAUCCCACCAUGGACUAUUACGCACAAUCAAUGGGACAAUCCCCAUUUUUCUACUACAACCCAGACCCAAAAUCAGACAACCGUCAACAUGGUCACUUCUCUCAACAACCAAGCCAUAUGCCAAUGCCUAUGUACCACCAGCAUGCUCAAUCGAUGCCCUCAACACCAAUGUACUCUAGACCAAACUCUUCUUCCUCGCAACCUUCAAUGCAACAGAAGAUCUUCAACUCUGGAUACUUUGGAAACAUAACACCAAUGGCUUCUCCACGACCAAUGUACCAAAAGCCCACCAUCUUGAUCCAGGGCCACUCCCCAAGAUUGAUUUUGGACUCGGACAACGAACACGACAUGUAUUAUUACCCUGCAACCCCACCUCUUUCAGCAUCUGGAAGUGUCAUGAGCAGCCCAUCUAGCUGUGACAUCCUACCAACUCCAGUAAACAGUGUAUUUUUUGGUGCCGAGAGUUUCGAAGGUGUUAAGGAAGGAUGUGAGAGUGAAGUUCAAUCGGAGAAUCUUGCUGGUGAAUGGGCUCGUUGCGGGUCUCCACCUAUGACACCAGGUAUGUUAUCACUGAUUACUUUUUAUCCUUCCCACCUCCACAUGGUGAAGACGGAUAACGACAAUGAAUACCGAUAAUCAUUCUGAAUGAUUGCACACAAAUUGUUACUGUUAAUCAACAAGAGCAAUUUGUUGCAUUUACUUCAAAAAGAGAAUUGAUUUCAUUGAUACGCUUUCUCAUUCUCUUCUCCCCUUGAAUACAUGUACUGACAAGGCUACCAAUUUUCAGUGUUCAUCCACCCAACCUCGCUUAGCUCUCACGCUAAUGAACUCCUAUCUGCCACUUCUUGCCCUUCGCUUUCACCUUCUCCUUCCCCUUAUUCUCGCUCCGUCACAUCUGAACAAUCCGAUUUCGACUUCUGUGAUCCCAGAAACCUCACAGUUAAUUCCUCAAUUUUACCUCCUACUUCAAAUCCAAUCUUAAGCUCAGCCCGUGAAUUCUCAUCGUCGACCUUACCAACACUUUGCUCUGAGGACGAAGAACAUCAAUACAUGUUAGGGGGUAGUGACGCAUUCGGCAAAAUCGAAACACGUGCGACAUUCGAUUUCACAGCAACCACAUCCAACCACGGCCUCCCUACCUUUGACCAUAUUUCAGAUCUCGAUUCUGAAGACGAAUUCGUUAAUGGUCUGGUGAACUUCCCUUCUACUGACAACGUCCAAUUCUUCGGUAACAAAAGACAACGAACUGUAUCUGAUCUCGUUUCCCCUACAUCAGAGACAUUCAUUAGUGAAGACGAUUUCGAGGAUUUUGAUGAUCUAGAGACCGAAAGAUUUGCAGUCGCGUGCCUUCCAAGCCCACCUGCUUCGGGCUCCGAAGCAGAACCCAAAAAGGAAAAGCGUACCAAGAAAUCCAAGAUCGUUCAUUGCGACGAAGACAGUUCGGAAUUUGAUUCUAUGGUCCGAUCCCGAAAAUUCACUGUCCCAAUGAAUAAUCUAUCCGGUGCUCAGCCACAAGAGACUUCUGCCGACCAUCAACAAAAUUCCGCCGCCCCAAGUCAAUCCGGUUCUUCGGAAAGCAACAACAUGAUGGGGUCAUCAGGAUCAGACGCCGCCAACACUCAUCAAGCACCAGUCAACCGUCGCGGUCGCAAGCAAUCCUUAACUGAAGAUCCUUCAAAGACUUUUCACUGCGAACUUUGCAACAGACGUUUCCGCAGACAAGAACACUUGAAACGCCAUUACAGAUCCCUUCACACCCAAGAAAAGCCAUUCGAAUGCCAUGAGUGCGGUAAGAAGUUCUCCCGAAGCGACAACUUAUCUCAACACUCGCGCACUCACGGCAGUGGUGCCAUCGUCAUGGGUGUAUUGGAAGAUGGCGAAGUUCCCGGCGACAUGGAGUCUGGCAGCGAUGGGGAGCAAAUAAGAGCCCUUGGAAGUGCACUCUUUGCCGCGGCCGCUGGCGCAUCCGGCAGUGAAAGCAGUGGUACUGACAGCGAUUCCGACAGCCAAUCCCGCAAGAAGCGCAAGAGGUCGGAGUAAAUACUGAUGUAUGAAUACUUGAUUGGCCGAAGUACGCCGUUUACGAAUCUUACGAACACAAAAGUUACAACAUCCGGCGCUCAUAUUCGGACCUUCACUUGUUAUGUGAUUUGGUCGUUAGGGAUAAAGGUUACAUUGACGCUGUCAUGAUGAUUUGGGAGGGUUGCUUGAACACAAAAGUCACUGUUCCGUGUAUGUGCUGCUAUUUGCAGACACUUUUUCCACCAUUCUUGUACUUUACUUGAUUUUUUUUUUUAACUUUGUGUAUCACUUGUCAAUUUAGCGUGAUGAUCGAUAGUUAGUUGAGCAAACUUUCGAGCCGUGUAUUUUGAUGAUGGAAGACAAGGGGAUUCACUUUUCUUACAUUCGUUGUAAUUACUAUCAGGGGAGCUGUGGAUGGAAAGCGGGCGACCGUCUCUGAUCUUUUGCUUUACAAUUUUCUCUUCCAAACAACUCAGGUAGCUUUUGGGUCUUGCCUUGUGCCGGCCAGAAUGUUGAGAUAUACCAACAGACUACAAAUAACACACAAUACAAACAUAAAUAUAAACAUUUCUC